AACUUAGCAAAUAAAGAGGGUUUUCAGAGUACAUUGCUGCUAUUUGUUUCUUCUAACUGCUGAGCUUGAACUUAGAAUUUUGAUUUUAUUUUUUAAAAUCUUGUUUGUAAUUAGAAGGUGUAUUUCGAUUAAGGAUUGUUCUAUAUUAUAAAUUGUUGAAGAAAAAAAAAUGUUGUUUAAAACAUUGCUUAGAUACCACAAAGAAGAAGAGAAAACAAAAUUGGAGCUCAAUUAGGUUUACAAAAGAUGAAUUUUGCAAAAUAGAUGAUGAGAAAUAUUCAAUCCCUUUUCAAGUCUACUGAUUGUCUUCGCAAGGAAAUUUGGAGUUCUCAAUAUGGUAAACAAAUUAGAUUGAAGAACUGUAGUUUUAGUAGCUGUGCAAGUAUAAAUUCAGUGGUUCUUGAUGAUUGUUCAGAUGAAGAAAAUGAAUAUUAUUCAUCUAUUGUUCAUCAGCAGGUAGCGAAGGACAAAGGGUAUUUUGAUCAUACUUAUUAUCUAAGCUUACUAGAUAGUUGCUUGAGUGAAGGGUCAAUUAUAGAUGCCAAGAAACUACACGGGAAGUUGUUGACAUUGGGAUUUGGCGCUGACUAUAGGAUUGGUGCUAGGUUUCUUGAUAUUUAUGUUGCUGGUGGAGAUUUAUCGAGUGCAUCGCAAAUAUUUGAUAAUUUGCCAAUAGGAAUUAGAAAUGUGUCUUGCUGGAAUAAAUUACUGUCUGGUUUUUCAAGGAUAAAAAGAAAUGACGAAGUUUUCAAUUUGUUUUCUCGAAUGUUAGGAGAAGAUGUUAAUCCAGAUGAGUGCACAUUUUCUGAAGUUCUGCAAGCUUGCAGUGGUAACAAGGCUGCAUUUCGUAUCCAGGGUGUUGAACAGAUUCAUGCUUUGAUUACGCGCUAUGGUCUUGGGUUGCAGCUCAUCGUUUCUAACCGUUUGAUUGAUUUGUAUUCCAAAAAUGGAUUCGUAGAUUCUGCUAAGCAAGUCUUUGAGGAUAUGGUGGUAAGGGAUAGUUCGUCUUGGGUUGCCAUGUUAUCUGGUUUUUGCAAGAACAACCGAGAAGAAGAUGCUAUUCUCCUAUAUAAGGAUAUGCGUAAAUUUGGAGUUAUUCCGACGCCAUAUGUUUUCUCGAGUGUUAUUAGUGCAUCCACUAAGAUAGAAGCAUUUAAUUUGGGGGAACAGCUCCAUGCUAGUAUUUAUAAGUGGGGAUUUUUAUCCAAUGUUUUUGUCAGUAAUGCCCUUGUUACAUUGUAUUCUCGCUGUGGAUACUUGACAUUGGCAGAGCAAGUAUUUGUUGAAAUGCCGCAGAAGGAUGGAGUUACCUAUAAUUCUCUAAUCUCUGGUCUCUCUUUGAAAGGAUUCAGUGAUAAGGCUCUACAGUUAUUCGAAAAAAUGCAGUUAAGUUCGUUAAAACCUGACUGUGUUACAAUUGCAAGCCUCUUAGGUGCUUGUGCAUCAUUAGGAGCUCUUCAGAAGGGAAGACAACUGCAUUCUUAUGCAACAAAGGCAGGUCUAUGCUCAGAUAGCAUUAUUGAAGGUUCUUUACUUGACCUUUAUGUUAAGUGCUCUGACAUUGAAACAGCCCAUAAAUUUUUCCUUGGAAGCCAGAUGGAAAACAUUGUUCUUUGGAAUGUGAUGCUCGUGGGUUAUGGGCAGAUGGGUGAUUUGGAUGAAUCAUUCAAAAUAUUUUCACUGAUGCAGUUUAAAGGGCUACAACCUAAUCAAUACACAUACCCCAGUAUAUUGAGAACUUGUACAUCUGUUGGCGCUCUGUAUCUUGGAGAACAAAUACAUAGCCAAGUAUUAAAAACUUGCUUUUGGCAGAAUGUUUAUGUGUGUAGUGUGCUUAUAGAUAUGUAUGCCAAGCAUGAAAAAUUGGAUGCAGCAGAGAAAAUCUUUUGGCGUCUAAAUGAGGAAGAUGUUGUAUCUUGGACAUCUAUGAUUGCUGGAUACGCUCAGCAUGACUUCUUUGUUGAAGCUCUAAAACUUUUUAGAGAAAUGCAAGACCGUGGUAUUCGAUCUGAUAACAUAGGAUUUGCAAGUGCAAUCAGCGCAUGUGCCGGCAUUCAAGCACUCUAUCAAGGGAGACAAAUCCAUGCACAGUCAGUGAUGUCAGGCUACUCAUUAGAUCAUUCAAUAGGCAAUGCGUUGAUUUUUCUUUAUGCGAGAUGCGGCAAAAUACAAGAUGCAUAUGCAGCAUUUGACAAAAUUGAUACAAAAGAUAUUAUUUCGUGGAAUGGCUUGGUAUCAGGAUUCGCCCAAAGUGGAUUUUGUGAAGAAGCAUUAAAAGUAUUUUCUAGAUUGCACGGAGAUGGAGUGGAAGCUAACAUGUUCACAUAUGGAUCUGCUGUUAGUGCCGCUGCUAAUACCACUAAUAUUAAACAGGGGAAGCAGAUUCAUGCGAGAAUAAAAAAGACAGGUUAUAACGCCGAAACAGAAGCUUCCAAUAUCCUGAUCACAUUGUAUGCGAAGUGCGGAAGCCUUGUGGAUGCCAGGAAAGAGUUUCUUGAAAUGCAAAAUAAAAAUGAUGUUUCAUGGAAUGCCAUGAUAACAGGCUAUUCUCAACAUGGGUGUGGCAAUGAAGCUAUAGAACUGUUUGAGGAGAUGAGACAUCUUGGUGUGAAGCCAAACCAUGUCACUUAUUUGGGUGUUUUAUCAGCGUGUAGCCAUGUGGGUUUAGUGGAUAAGGGGCUUGGCUAUUUCAAUUCAAUGAGUAAGGAUUAUGGUUUAAUGCCAAAACUAGAACAUUAUGCAUCUGUUGUAGACAUUUUAGGACGAGCUGGCCAUUUGCAGCGUGCGAUGAACUUUGUGGAGACAAUGCCAGUAGAACCUGAUGCAAUGGUUUGGAGGACCCUCCUAAGUGCUUGCAUAGUUCACAAGAACAUUGAAAUAGGGGAAGAGACAGGUCACCGCCUCCUAGAAUUGGAGCCUCAAGACUCAGCAACUUAUGUUUUAUUAUCAAACCUAUAUGCAGUUCUUGGAAGAUGGGAUUCUCGGAACCAGACAAGGCUACUGAUGAAAGAUAGAGGUGUUAAGAAAGAGCCAGGUCGUAGCUGGAUUGAAGUUCAAAACACUAUCCAUGCAUUUUUUGUUGGAGAUAGACUCCAUCCACUAGCAAAUCAUAUCUAUGACUUUGUGGAGGAACUAAAUAAACGGGUAGUAAUGAUUGGUUAUGUUCAAGACAAUAAUAGUCUUUGGAAUGAUCUGGAGUUGGGACAAAAAGAUCCAACUGCUUAUAUUCACAGUGAAAAGUUAGCUAUUGCAUUUGGACUUUUAAGCUUGCAUGAAAUGAUCCCCAUAAGAGUGAUGAAGAAUCUCCGCGUCUGCAAUGAUUGCCACAAUUGGAUAAAGUGUGUGUCGAAAGUUGCAAAUCGGGCCAUUAUUGUACGGGAUGCAUACAGGUUUCAUCAUUUUGCAGAUGGUCAAUGUUCCUGCAAUGAUUUCUGGUAAUUGGAACUAUUGAAGGUUGAGACGACAUAGUAAACUUCCAGUGUUUGAGAUUGAUGCUCUGGAUACUUUUAUCAAUAGAGUCGUCAAAGGAUGCCUGGUUUCUCAGACCAUGUGUAAGCAUAUCCCAAGUGAUCAAUAAGGUUGUUUGCACUUCUCGCUCUUGGUGUAGUGGUAAGAGCAGUAUCGAAAUGUGUGGAUUAGUUGCACAUAAGGAGUUUGAAUCCACGACAGACAAAAGCCUAGUAUUUAAGUGUAGAAGAGUAGAGGAGCGGGUCCAUUGUCCACCAAACAACAAGGUUUAACCAUACGCCGCGGCCCCCGGAUUUUUCUUGGCUAUAUAAAAAAGUGCAUUAGUUCCAAACAACUGGACCAAGAACUGCUUCAUGCGUCCUCACUGAUGAUAGCUGCUGGUAAUGUUCUUCACUCUUAGUUUAUGUCCUUCUCUUUCAAGUUGUUUUUGUCUAUUUGUAGCUGAGUAAUUGUGUCAUGCAAGUAUUUUGUUCAGAUUUUCUUAAGUCAAUGUCAUAGUAAUCAAAUUUGCAGAGCAUCCAGAUAAAAAUGAAAAACCGAAGGAUCAAAAGAGUGAGCUGAAGUGAAGCUCAAAAUUAUGAGCCUCAAGGUGAAAGGACCAGUGGAUAUGUAUCUGAACUGGUUAGUAUAUUAUGUUACCAUUGUCUGGUACCUUCACAUGGUGUCUGGCCAGCUUGUAUGCACCUAGCUGGCUACUUGCUAACUUCCACCAACACAUGUACCAAGUAACUCUUGCCUCCCAGGCUUAAGGAUCGUGGUACAACUUGUUCAUCCUUUUAGCAGCAAUCACAGACUUUCACUUGUGGUAUCUCACUUCCACGAUAACCAAACAGUUGCAUCAAUUUAUCCAUUAGAUAAAAUGGGAGGGGGUAUAUAUGAAGCUUUGACGUGAAAAGAGAAAAGAGAUGUGAAUUGUCGUUAUUUUUGAGACUUCGUAGGCAUAUAUACUUGUGAUUUAAAUUGUAAUCGUAAGAGAGGUGGCAUUUCCGACUUCACAAAGUGGAGACAUCAAGUUGUCAAAUUCACUGUUUUCCAACAUUGAUUUGGAUUAGGAAA